AUGUACCCGAUCUGCGAUGGACAUAAUGACGUAGCUGCAAGAAAACGGCAACAGAUCUGCUCGGAAUGUAGCUGCAAUCCGCCCCACAAUGCGGAGCUUCUGGAAUGUGACGGCGUCGUAUACUCUCCGGUGGCGACGGCAACGGCGACGUAUAUGGAUGAUGUUCUCCGUUCCUCCUCCUCCGACGGAUUGAUGGAUUGA